AUGCGACUGCAUGGGGCAACGUUCAAAAUUGGUCACACUUCGCCCUCGAUUGCAGAUGCCGAUCAUGAGAGUCUUUCGGACCCGAGCAACGCCGCGUCAACUGACCCCUACGCUCGCCUGCACCGUGAUCAACAAGUGAUGUCCGAAGCCGAUGUGACGGGUUUCGUCAUGGAGGUUUUUUCACGCUCACAGCUUCUCGUCGAAACGCUGCUGACGGAGCUAGAUCUACCGAAGCACAAGAGGUCCAUCGAGAGCUUUAUCGAAGAUGCUCUGGCGUAUCUGAACGCGGAUGAGCAAAUGCAUCGCGAGAUCUCCGGGAGAAUCGCUGUGUCUCUUACAACGUGCAAAACUCCCGGCACGAAACGACCCGGGGUCUUCUUCGAAAGGCCAUGGAAAGAAGCGUCCUUGGAGGAAUACAACAAGAAGCUGCAUAUCAGCAACACCACCGUCGACACCGAGAAGUUACUCGGUGCACUGCAGAGACGGGUACUAGUGGACAUGGACGAACAGGCUUGCUCGGAGGCAUGGUCCGACCUUAUUGCUUAUUACAAGGUUGCACCCAAGACGUUCGUGGACAACGUCUGUGUCCAAGUCGUCGAAAGACACCUUUUGCGCAAUCUGGCCGACGUCUUUUCACCAGAGAUGGUGAUAGGCCUUUCAGAAGACGAGCUGCACCAUAUCGGUGGGGAACGAGAGACCACUCAAUAUCGGCGGAAAGAGCUUCAGAGCCUGCAUGCAAGCUUGGGCGACGGUCUACGCGAUCUGCAAGGGAUGUAA